AUGGAUCUGGGGAGCGCCUGGCGGAGGGUGGCAGGCUCCCCUGCGCCCCACGGAGUCUGGAGACCUUGUUCCUCUUCCCCCUGCUGCUCCGCCUCGCUGCUGGAUAUGAACAGCUGGCUGCUCUUCUACGGCGUCCUGUACCUGGUGCUCUAUGCCCAGGUGUCCCAGUCCAAGCCCUGUGACAGGACCUCCUGCUUCUCCGGGCGGUGUGUCAACUCCACCUGCCUCUGUGACCAGGGCUGGGUAGGAGACCAGUGCCAGCAUUGCCAGGGCCGGUUCAAGUUAACAGAACCCUCUGGAUAUUUAACAGAUGGACCAAUAAAUUAUAAAUAUAAAACGAAAUGUACAUGGUUAAUUGAAGGAUAUCCUAAUGCAAUAUUAAGAUUAAGAUUUAAUCAUUUUGCCACAGAAUGUAGUUGGGACCAUAUGUAUGUUUAUGAUGGAGAUUCAGUAUAUGCACCUUUAAUAGCUGUAUUUAGUGGUCUAAUAGUCCCUGAGGUGCGGGGAAAUGAAACUGUUCCUGAAGUAGUUACUACAUCUGGCUAUGUGUUGCUACACUUUUUUAGUGAUGCUGCUUAUAACCUAACUGGAUUUAACAUAUUUUACUCCAUUAAUUCCUGUCCUAACAAUUGCUCAGGGCAUGGGAAGUGUACAACUAGUGUUUCCAUUCCAAGCCAAGUGUACUGUGAGUGUGACAAGUAUUGGAAAGGCGAAGCCUGUGAUAUUCCAUACUGUAAAGCUAACUGUGGGAGCCCAGAUCAUGGCUACUGUGAUCUGACAGGCGAGAAGCUGUGUGUGUGCAAUGAUAGCUGGCAAGGCCCUGAUUGUUCUUUGAACGUUCCUUCCAUGGAGUCUUACUGGAUUCUACCAAAUGUAAAGCCAUUCAGUCCUUCUGUAGGUCGGGCUUCCCAUAAAGCAGUUCUACAUGGAAAAUUUAUGUGGGUGAUUGGUGGAUAUACCUUUAACUACAGUUCAUUCCAAAUGGUAUUAAACUAUAAUUUAGACAGCAACAUAUGGAAUGUAGUACCUGUAUCAAAAGGACCUCUCCAGAGAUAUGGACACAGUCUUGCUUUAUAUCAGGAAGACAUCUACAUGUAUGGAGGCAAAAUUGAAACAAAUAAUGGGAAUGUCACUGAUGAGCUGUGGAUAUUCAGCAUAAACAGUCAAACAUGGAGUACCAAAAUUCCUGCAAUACUUGUACAUGGCCAACAGUAUGCUGUGGAGGGUCACUCAGCGCAUAUAGUAGAGUUGGACAGCAGAGAUGUUGUCAUGAUCAUCAUUUUUGGAUACUCUGCAGUGUAUGGUUACACAAGCAGUGUGCAAGAGUACUAUAUCAGAUCAAAUUCAUGGCUUGUACCAGAAACAAAAGGAGCAAUUGUGCAAGGUGGAUAUGGUCAUACUAGUGUCUAUGAUGAAAUGACAAAAUCCAUUUAUGUUCAUGGUGGAUACAAAGCAUUACCUGGCAAUAAAUAUGGAUUGGUGGAUGACCUUUAUAGAUAUGAAGUCAAUACGAGGACAUGGACUAUUUUGAAAGAGAGUGGUUUUGCAAAGUAUCUUCAUUCAGCUGUCUUAAUAAGUGGAGCUAUGCUGAUUUUUGGCGGAAAUACCCAUAAUGAUACUUCUCUGAGUAAUGGUGCAAAGUGCUUUUCGGCUGACUUUCUGGCAUAUGAUAUAGCUUGUGAUGAAUGGAAAAUUUUACCAAAACCUAAUCUGCAUCGAGAUUUGAACAGAUUUGGACACACUGCAGUUGUCAGUAAUGGGUCCAUGUACGUAUUUGGGGGUUUUUCAAGUGUUCUGUUGAAUGAUAUCCUUGUGUACAAGCCUCCAGACUGUGAAGCAUUCAGACAAGAAGAACUGUGUAAAAAUGCUGGUCCAGGGAUAAGAUGUCUGUGGAACAAAAACCAUUGUGAAUCCUGGGAAUCUGGACGUGCUAACAAUGUCCUUGAAGCAAAGUGUACCAGAAAAACAGCUGCUGCAGAUGACAGAUGUUACAGAUAUGCAGACUGUGCCAGUUGUACCGCCAAUACAAAUGGUUGCCAGUGGUGUGAUGACAAGAAGUGCAUUUCAGCGAACAGUAACUGCAGUAUGUCAGUCAAAAACUACACCAAAUGUCAUGUGAGAAAUGAACAGAUCUGUAAUAAAUUGACCAGCUGUAAAAGUUGCUCAGUAAACCUGAACUGCCAGUGGGAUCAGCGGCAGCAAGAAUGCCAGGCUUUACCAGCUCAUCUGUGUGGGGAAGGAUGGAGUCACAUUGGCGAUGCCUGCCUCCGCAUAAAUUCUAGUCGUGAAAGCUAUGACAAUGCCAAACUAUACUGCUACAAUUUGAGUGGGAAUCUUGCCUCAUUAACAACCUCAAAAGAAGUGGAAUUUGUUCUGGAUGAAAUACAGAAGUAUACAGUCCAGAAAAUAUCACCUUGGGUAGGUUUGCGCAAGAUCAACAUCUCCUACUGGGGAUGGGAUGACAUGUCUCCUUUCACAAAUACGACACUGCAAUGGCUUCCUGGAGAACCAAAUGACUCUGGCUUCUGUGCAUAUCUAGAAAGAGCAGAGGUGGCAGGGCUGAAAGCGAAUCCAUGCACCGCUAAGGCAGAUGGUCUUGUCUGUGAAAAACCUGUUGUUAGUCCUAAUCAAAAUGCUAGACCCUGCAAAAAAACAUGUUCCCUGAGAACAACAUGUUCCAACUGCACGAGCAAUGGCAUGGAGUGUAUGUGGUGUAGCAGUACAAAACGAUGCGUUGACUCAAAUGCCUAUAUAAUCUCCUUUCCAUAUGGACAGUGCCUAGAGUGGCAGACUGCCACCUGCUCUCCUCAAAACUGCUCUGGAUUGAGGACCUGUGGGCAGUGUUUGGAACAGCCUGGAUGCGGAUGGUGCAAUGAUCCCAGUAAUACAGGAAAAGGGCAUUGUGUGGAAGGAUCUUCAAGAGGGCCAAUGAAGCUCGUUGGGGUGCACUCCAAUGAAAUGGUUCUUGACACUAAUCUUUGUCCAAAAGAGAAAAAUUAUGAAUGGUCCUUCAUCCACUGUCCAGCUUGCCAGUGUAACGGGCACAGCACCUGCAUCAGUGGCAAUAUUUGUGACCAGUGUAAAAACCUAACUACAGGAAAACAGUGUGAAACAUGCAUGCCAGGUUACUACGGGGAUCCAACAAAUGGAGGCCAAUGUACAGCUUGCACAUGCAGUGGACAUGCAAAUAUUUGUCACAUGCAAACAGGAAAAUGUUUUUGUGCAACUAAAGGAAUCAAAGGAGACCAGUGUCAACUCUGUGACUCUGAAAACAGGUACCUCGGAAAUCCACUCAGGGGAACGUGUUACUACAGCCUUUUGAUUGACUACCAGUUUACCUUCAGCUUAUUACAAGAAGAUGAUCGCCACUUCACUGCCAUAAACUUUAUAGCAAACCCUGAACAGUCAAACAAAAAUUUGGAUAUAUCAAUUAAUGCAUCAAACAACUUUAACCUCAAUAUUACAUGGUCUAUUGGUUCUACAGCAGGAACAAUAUCUGGAGAAGAGAUUCCUGUUGUUUCCAAGACUAAUAUCAAGGAAUUUACAGAUAGCUUUUCUUGUGAAAAAUUCAACUUUCGGAGUAACCCAAACAUCACUUUCUAUGUGUAUGUCAGCAAUUUUUCCUGGCCAAUCAAAAUACAGGUUGCUUUUUCACAGCACAACACCAUCAUGGAUCUUGUGCAGUUCUUUGUCACCUUCUUCAGUUGUUUUUUGUCCUUACUGCUGGUGGCUGCUGUCGUUUGGAAGAUCAAACAAACCUGUUGGGCUUCUCGACGGAGAGAGCAACUUAUGCGGGAGCGACAGCAGAUGGCCAGCCGUCCCUUUGCUUCUGUCGAUGUAGCACUGGAAGUAGGAGCUGAGCAAACAGACUUUCUACGAGGGCCAUUAGAGGGCGCUCCUAAACCAAUUGCCAUUGAGCCUUGUUCAGGAAACAAAGCAGCCGUCCUUACUGUAUUUUUAUGUCUACCGAGAGGAUCAUCAGGAGUCCCACCCCCUGGUCAAUCAGGUCUUGCAAUUGCAAGUGCCUUGAUAGACAUUUCCCAACAGAAGCCUGCAGACAGUAAAGAUAAGAGUUCAGGAGUCAGAAAUCGAAAACAUCAUCUUUCAACACGUCAAGGAACUUGUGUGUGA